CCGCAUUUAAACGUGUUCUUAACAAGGAAGUGUGACGGGAAAAGCCCGUUUCUGUUAUUCAGCGAUGUUAUGCUGUAGUUAAUUACAAAUUCUGCAACAAAUACUACAAUUGGAACACUCCAGUGAUGGCAUCUAAAGGAGCCAAGGAAACUUUUGCAAAUAAACUAGGAUUUAAAAGCAGUGGUUCAAAGGCUGUAGAAGCUGAGCUUGAGAAACUGAAGAAGGAAAAUGCCCAGUUGAAGAAGACUUUGGAUGAAAUUUCAAAACGAAACGGAAGGCAUCAUCUGACACGUCCUGAUUCAGAUAAGGCCAAGCUGCUGGAGAGAAUUUUGUCACUGGAGACACUGAGGGAGAGAAACGCACAGCAGCUGCUGGCUAAAGAACAAGAGAUCUCCACCAUGAGGCAGCAGCUGCAGGCUGAAGGUGGAGAGGUGGUGGCCUCGCUGCAGAACCUGCUGGAUCAGAAAAGGCAGGAGGCAGAACACAGAGAGAAGCUUUUUCAAAACCUUUCCCAGGAGACAGAGGACCUGAAAAACAAAUAUUUGGCUGUCACAGCGAAGUGCCAAACACUUGAAAAGCGCAGUACAGACAUGCAGGUUCCUUCAGGUGAGAUUGCCAUGGUCGAGGAGCAACUGCGAGAUGCUCUGGAAAAAAAUCAGCACUGGCUUGUUUAUGACCAGCAGAGAGAGGCCUAUGUUCAGGGGAUUCUGGCCAGAAGUGCAGAGCUCGAGCAGCAGUUAAACCAAGUCAAGCAAACACUAGAACAGCAGCACAAAGAGACCAAUUCAGAAGGUCAGUCAUCUGCCUCCAUGCAGCAGGAGAAGAAGCUGCAGGAGAGCCAGAGAGAGAUGGAGGAAGAACGCAAAAGGGCAAGCUGCCUACAGGCCGAGCUGGUGGAGCUGAAAGCCAAGUAUGAAGAGAAGAGCCGUGAGGUGGUGCGAGCCCAGGAGGAGCUGCAAGAGGAGCGGAAAAGUGGCCGACGGACUUUAGCAGAGGAAAGGAAGCUGAACACCGCGCAAGUAGCCAGACUGCAAUGCGAGAUAGAGGUGGCUAAUGUAAGGCUUGAGGAGGAAAAGAAGAGAGCUGCUGAACUGCUACUGCAGGUCAACCUUGUUCAGAAAUCUCUACUGGCUCAGCAUGAAAAUCAGAAAAGAAUGGCUGAUUUAGAGAAACAGAUCCAGUUGUCUGCUAGAGAUUUUGAGAACGAGAAACUGGACCGACAAAGUGUACAGCACCAGCUCCACAAAGUGCUGAAGGAGCUUCGCAAGGCUAGAGACCAAAUCGCAUGCUUGGAGUCAGCAAAACCGCAGCGAGAAACUCGGUUCUCUGAGCCAAGCUCAUACACCAGGCUGGAUUUGGAUAAGAGGACCAGUCAGGACCGUAUCCUGAACCCCACAUCUCCAUUAAAGAGCUCCAACAUGUUGGAUGAGAGCUUUCUGGAGUGUCCCAACUGCAGGGCCUCAUACCCUGUCAGCCAGCACAGAGAGCUCCUUGCACAUCUUGACUACUGCUUUAAUUAAGGGAUUAAGGCUUGAUAUUGCUUAUAUUUUCCAUUUUUACCCCUUUUUUAUGUCUUUGUAUCAGAUUUUUUUAUUUUUGUAUUCCAAAGAGAAUUUCCACUGUUGUUUUUUCAUUUAGUUUUGGAUUAAUCGAUGGUGUGCUUGAUAGGCUUUUGAGUAUUUGCAAAGGUAUUGCCUUUCCAUUAAUGUGCAGCAUAAUUAAAAUACAUGUUAACUUAUGUUAGUUAUUUUUGGGGAACUCUGUAAUGUACGGAAGUGUCAAGUUUUCUUACCUAGUAUCACCUCAAAGGUGUUGAAGUGGUACAGGAUAGACUCACUUUCAGUAGUCUGUCCUGAUGCUGGAAAUCAGAUCUGUCUUGAAUUAGGCUGCAUGUGUGUAAAUCCUUGUAUUAGACCUAUUUAAAGCAUGGAGAUUACUGAGACUGCAGGGGAAAGGAGGCUAAGGAUUUCUCAAUUCAGAAAAUACACCCAGGUGGGAUCCCUCACAUAUAGCUGCCAAGUAAGGUUAAGCAGAAAAAGCCUUAUGAUCUCUAUCUUUUUAUUUUAAGUAAAUUGUAUAUAUGUGUAAAGCUUUUGUGGUGACAAAAAAAUGCCAUUUUAUAACAUUUGUUAUUGUAUAAUGCAUUUCUACACCAGAACAUUAUGUUCAGACUUCCACUACAACUUCAGGGACCAGGAAAAAGAAAAACAGCACUGCUGCCAGUAAACAGCAAAGUAAAUAGUAACCUCCCCUUGCAUUAAACGUCUGGAUUGGUGGUGCUAUUAACCCUUUCAUGCAAUGUUGUCCAAGCUCUUAAGUGCUCUGGUCAUAGUGCUGUAUGUUGAUUAAAUUAGCCAUGAGACCCAACCAUAUCCAACAUGAACAUUUUAUUUUAAAAAGUUCAGGUUAACUAAUACAACCAUAGUAGAAGAGUCGUUAUACACUUAUUUCAAUGCUACAGUUCUGUUUUGGAUAAUGAAUUACAUUCAUAAUAUUUUAUAUUCAUUUACACUUGUAUUGACAUGAAAAUUAAAAAAGGUUAUUGAAAAUCCUUGAGUAGGAUGGAAUCAGGCACCACAGAAACCUGCAAAAAUUUAGAAAAAUGUGUAGUAAUCCAAUAGAUUAGCAUCAUAUCAGUUAAGUGGUGUGUUGGGUAUGUUUUAUUUAUAAGCCAUGGUCAUGACAUUCACAAACUCACUUACCGUUGUGGGCAACCCGCCUGUAUUUGCCAAGAAGACAGAUUUCUUGCUUCUUCUGUGUCACAAUAAUUUGGUCCUCAGGCCUCAAGCCAUUUGGGAGGCGGGAGAAAAUAAAGGAGUAGCCAUCCAGGCAUGUGCCAUCUGUGUCCAGCUCUCUGCAGGCAUAGUGCACGGCGUAGUUGUCAUAAUCGGUAUCAAUGACCCAGUGGUCAUCAU